AUUUCUUCCUUAUGUAUAUCAUACAGUUUUUCGUCUGAAUCGAAAAAGGUCCACCAAACAAUCAUCAUGAAGGUAAUCGUAGCUCUCUUCGCUCUCGUAGCCGUAUCCGCCGCCGGAAUUGUAUUGCCAUCCGCAUACAGCUACGGAUUGGGCUCCCCAUUGGCUUACUCUGCUCCCCUUUCUUACGCCGCCUCCCCCUUGGCUUACUCUGCUCCCCUUAGCUACGCCGCCGCUCCACUCGCCUACUCCGCCCCAAUCGUAGCUGCUGCUCCAGCCAUCCAAUCUGGAUACGUAGCCGCCACCCGUGGAUCCAUCCACACCGCUCCUCUUCCAGAAGGUCCAUUCGCUGCCAGCCACCACAUCAACACCGCUCCAGCUCCAGGAACUUACUAAAUGUUUAAAAACUUAUAAAACUUUAAGAUUAAAGUUUUAGUUGUUUUAAAAAUGUAUAUUAUUUUCCUUAAUGAAUGUAUGUAUGUGUAUGAAUGAAUGUUUAAAAAAACGAUAGUAAAUAUAUAG